AUGUCCGGAUUCCAUGCCUGGCAUGGACUCGUCCGGCCGGCAAUACCAUCGAUCGUCCAACGGCUCACCCAAACUAAUAACGAAACGGAAUCGAUUGUCGCGCUGCAGGCUCUGACCAACCUCUCACUGCAGAUAUCGAAGGAACAGAUCGAACAGUUCGAACCGGCGAUUCAUAUCUGCUUGCAGAGGCUGUGGGUGAGGGGAGAAGUGAAUGUACACGCGCUUCGGUUGCUGCUGAACAUCAGCUGCUGCCCGGAUAUGGUGCCCCAUGUCUUGGCCGCGAAGCCGGUGAAUGGACUCCUCUGCAUCCUCGACACAGACAAAGACGAGAUCCUGGUUCGAGCGGUCACCUGGCUGUUGUGCACGACGACAGCCGUCGAGGCGUUGGGGAUCAGCAUCAAUGCUCUGACGCCCCUCAUCAAAGAUCCAUUCCACAACCCACAUCACACGCUCUUCUACUGUAUUUACGGGCCAAAGGCGAGGGAAGAAUUGACAAAACGUUGUAUCGAGAUGUACAACCACCCCAACAAGGAGAUUGGCAUCAAAUGUCGCCGGUUGAUAGAAACACUAAAAGCGGUCCCGCCGUUCCCAACCCCGAUUGCCCAGCUCGACCGGCUU